AUGAAGUAUGCGGCAAUUAUAGUGUUAACAAUAGCUGAAAUACAAUUGUGGUCAUUGCAAAAUCCAUUUUCGAUGCCGACAGAUGGUAGAAAAGAAUGUUUGGAUUAUCAAAAAGCCAACGGAACCAUAAAGAAGUGGGAUUAUGACGAAUGCACCAUCGAUAACCAUUGUUGCUUUUCAGCUCUUACUAUCGAUCAAUCAGGAAAGUUUGUUGUUGAAGCAGGUGGCUGUCGAGAUGAUUUCCAAUUAUUUCUAAUUCAACAUUCGGAUAUUCAAGUUCAUCCAAUUGAUCUUUUACCCUUUUUAGGACAGUUUAGUGAUGAAAAAAUCCUGGAGUAUUGUGAGUUUGAAAUGUGUCUCGCAAGUGCAACACCAAAUAAUCAUUGGAGGAUUUGCACAUGUCAUGAGGAUAAAUGCAACGAAGAUGGUAUUGAUGAAAUGAUAAGAAAGUACAUGACUGUUAAGCCAUGGGAAACGAGCACUCUAUCGCUGAAACUCUUCGAUCACAAUAUUGAAGUAAUUUUCGACGUGGAAUAA